AUGCCUCAGAAAUUGACUGUCGCUGUGGCCCAGGCCCGGACCCGUUCGGAUGUACAAUCUACUCUUGCUGCACUGAAGCGCAUCACAGCUCACAGUGCAUCUCGUGGUGUCCAAUUGAUUCUGUUUCCCGAAGCCUAUCUAGGUGGUUAUCCCCGUACCUGUGACUUUGGUGCUGCAGUUGGUGCGCGAGCUCCUCAUGGCCGUGAUCAAUUCCUGCAGUAUUUCCAAUCUGCGGUGGAUCUCGGCGAUACUCCCGCUGGAGCUGGUGAUGACUGGGUUGAGCGUAAGCUGCCCACAGCUCCGGGCAAGAACUAUCGUGGAGAUGGAACGAGAGAGUUCCUUGAGCAGGUUGCGCAGGAGACUGGAGUUUUCAUUGCUACUGGAUUGAUUGAGAAGGCUGGUGGUACUCUGUACUGUUCUAUGGUAUUUGUUGACCCCUCACGGGGUAUUCUUGGCAAGAGACGGAAGGUCAUGCCGACUGCCUCGGAACGCUUGGUCUGGGGUCAGGGCUCAGCGUCGAGCUUGAAAGCGAUUACCACUGAGAUUAAUGGUGUAAGACUCACAAUCGGUGGUGCUAUCUGCUGGGAGAACUUCAUGCCUCUUCUUCGACAGAGUCUGUACUCUCAGAAUGUGAAUCUUUAUCUCGCGCCUACAGCUGAUAGUCGCGACACUUGGCUUCCACUCAUGCGAACCAUUGGUGGUGAAGGUCGUACUUUUGUCCUCUCAUCAAACCAGUGUGUACGCUACAACGAACUGCCGUCAUGGAUCAAAGAUAAUGCCUCUCCAGAAGAUGCUGCUGCUGAUGCGUCGCGGUAUAUUUCUCGAGGUGGUUCUUGCAUUGUCGGCCCCCUUGGAGAGGUUCUUGGAGGUCCAAUCUGGGAGGUUUGUCCUGACGAUAGCCUCGAUGCCUCUGAGGAUUCCAACCCUGAGGAUCUUGAUGGAUUGGUCAUCUCCGAGAUCGAUAUGGAGGACUGUGAGCGCGGGAGACUUGACCUCGAUGUUGCGGGUAGCUAUUCUCGACCCGAUGCAUUCAAGUUCUCCGUAGAGGGACUCGACCUGAACCCUCCGCCUUUCUAG